AUGGGUAUCGCAAAGAAAACAAAGAAGUUCGCGCAGAUGAAGCGCACGAUCAAAGCCCGCGACGAGCGACUCAAGAAACCGGAACCGCCCCAGAAGAAGCCCGAAGAGAUCACUCGCCAUGUCCAAGCCGCUCCGACGAACAUGUUCUUCGCCGCCAACACCGCUCUCGGUCCCCCUUACCGCGUCCUGGUCGAUACCAACUUUGUCUCCCACGCCAUUCGCGCGAAGCUCGAUUUGCUGCCGGCGAUGAUGGAUUUGUUGUACGCGAAGUGUAUCCCGACGUUCACCGAUUGCACCAUUGCGGAGUUGGAAAAGCUGGGUGACAAGUACCGUCUUGCGCUGCGGGUUGCGAAGGAUCCGAGAUGGGAGAGGGUCAAGUGCUCGCACAAGGGAACAUACGCCGAUGACUGCCUUGUCGAUCGGGUCUCCAAACACCGAAUCUACCUCGUCGCAACGAACGAUAAGGACCUUUGCCGUCGCCUCCGCAAGAUUCCUGGUGUGCCAAUCAUGAAAGUCGCCAGAGGAAAGUUCACCAUCGAGAAGCUGCCGGACGCGUUGGAUUAG